UUUCUCGUUCGGCAACAUCGUUCUCCGGGUUCUGUAUCUGCUCAUGAGUGUUAGUUGUAGUACGUUUGUGUGCUAAAAGUGAAUAAAUUCUAAAAUGGGUAAGCCGCGCGGUAUCCGCACAGCUCGCAAGUACAAGAACAAUCGCCGCAGUCAGAGAUGGCACGACAAGGACUACAAGAAGGCACAUCUCGGCACCCGCUGGAAGGCUAAUCCUUUCGGUGGCGCUUCUCACGCCAAGGGCAUUGUGCUCGAAAAAAUAGGUAUUGAGGCGAAACAGCCCAACUCGGCCAUCAGGAAGUGCGUGCGCGUGCAGCUCAUCAAGAACGGCAAGAAGAUCUCAGCAUUCGUGCCUCGUGACGGUUGCUUGAAUUUCAUCGAGGAGAACGACGAGGUCCUGGUCGCUGGAUUUGGUCGUAAAGGUCACGCCGUUGGUGAUAUUCCCGGUAUCCGCUUCAAGGUCGUGAAGGUCGCCAACGUGUCCCUUCUUGCACUUUACAAGGAGAAGAAAGAAAGACCGCGUUCUUAAAUAAACGUGACUCGUGAAA